AUGAGAUAGGAGGAUCCAUUUGAACAAGAAAUAGUCCUUUAUUAAUAGACAAGAAAGGUAAAUUUUGAUAAAAAUAAAGAGUUUAAAAAGGAUGAAAAAUUAAUCUUAAGAAUUAUAUGUUGUUUCAAAAUAAUGGCUUCGACAAUGGAAAUAUUAUGUAGAAUAUAUUGAAGGGAUAGCUACAAAUGAACGAAGGGAAAAAGUAUUAGAUUCUUUGAUUAAUUAGCCUGGAGCAUUAAAUUGUGAAUUAAAAUCAAAUGAGAAUUUUUUAUUAAAAUAUCCUGGAGAACAUCCUUUUAAUUAGAAAAUUAUAAAAUUACAGUCAGAGGAUUAUGUUUUAGUAUUAAAUCAAUUUUAAUUAUGAAAGGUUAAUAAAUUAAUGAUAAAUGAGUGGAAAAGAAUAUAUGGUGCAGAUUUGAUUAUAUUAAAAUAUGUACAUUUCAAUUAGUCAGGUAUUCCAUCAUUAAAUGUUAAUUUAUUAAGAGUAAAUUUAAAUUAUAUAACUAGUAACCAAUAUAUAUCAAUAUAAAAAAUCCAAAAAGAGGUUUACUUUAAGUAGAUGAAGGUUGCAUAAUAAAAUUAUGGAUUAAGUUAUUAAUUGCAGCAAUAAAAAAUGAAUUCUAAAUAAAUGUUGAUAAUAUAAGAUUAUGGAAACACAGGCAUUUUCAAGCAGAUUAUGCAGUUAAAUAGUUGGAAGAUCAUAAUGGACGCUUUAAUGGGGAUAUUUUAGAUGAAAAUCUUACAGUUGGAUCUUAUAAAGCUGAUCUUAUUAUUAUUGAUAUUUAAAUAGAUGGAAAAUGGUAAUAUGAUUAAUUAGAUGUUAAAGUAUUAUUAUUUCUAAUCUUAGAUAGUUUGUUAUGAAGAAUUUAAAUACUUACAUGAAAAAGCUUACAAAGGAUGUGGUAAAUUCUUUUGUGAUAGAAAUUAUUGUAAAAGUAAUCCAAAUUUUUCAUAAAUUGGAUUUGAUAAGAAAACACUAUAAAAUUUUCUUAUUCAAUAGUUUAAGGAGGACUCAAUAGAUUGGAACAAUGUAUGCUGGAAUCAAAUUAUAGAAUAAAAACCUAUAUAAUAAAUAGAAGGAGACAUAGUUGUUACUAUAAGUGCAUUAUCUAAUUUUCCUAACAGUUUUGGAGCUUCCUUCCUUCUUAACUUUAAUAAUUCUUAUGAAAUGAUUAAUUACAAUAAUUCAAAUCCAGAAUUGAAUUUGUAAAUUAUUUACUAAGUAAAUGAAGCAAUAAAUGUAAAAAUUCUUAGUUAAUGGAUGGAGAACCUAGUUUCGAACAAAUAAGAAAAUAUUUAUUUUGUUCGAUCUAUAAUAAUAAUAAUGCAUUUUACAUACUUUAAUGAUUUAUUGCAUUAAGAAAAGAACCUAAUUUUAGAAGCUCUUUUGACCUUAAGUAAUUAAGAUAAAUAGUUAUUGUCUGAAUAUCUAACAACUUUACCUGAUGAAUAUUAUAUUAGAUAUAUAUAAACUACAAUAGAAACUACAGGGGUUUUCUUAAAAUAAUAAUCAUAGAAAUAGAUUCAAUUAUUAAAAAAAACAGAAAUAUAAUUCGUUAAGUAGAGGUUAGAAUUUUUACAGGUAUUUUACAAAUCUAAUAAAAUUUUGAAAAGGUUGAAUCCUAUAAAAUUUUAGAUUGCAGAAAUUUCUAAAUUAUAUCCAAAAUAUGGCGACUAAUUAGAAUAUUUCUAAUUUGAUAGUUAUAUUAAAAAUGAUUUAGAAAAAUACUAUUUUACAUUUUGUUAAUAUCCAUGGGUUAUACCAUUAGAAUUUAGAAGUGAUAUUUUAGCAAUUGAUUCUAGAAUAAACUAAUUAAGCUAAUAUGACGGCUUUUAAAUAUUAUAAGAACCAUUUUUAUAUCUGAAGAUUGAUCGAAAUGAUGUUGUAAAAAGUGCCUUAGAAGCGCUGUCAAGAGAUAAUAUUAAUUUAAAGGCAAGACUUCAAAUUGUCUUUUAAGGAGAAUAAGGAUAUGAUCAAGGUGGAUUAGCAAGAGAAUUUUUCUCAUUACUAAUACAAAAAUUAUUUGAUUUGAAUUAUGGAAUGUUUGUUCCAAAAAAUAAUAACACUAUUUUAUGGUUUAAUAAACACAAUAUGGAAAUGCCCAUUAAAUAUGAAUUAAUAGGAAUGAUUUUGGGAUUGGCAUUAUAUAAUCAAGGUAUAAUAUAGUUAUUUAAUUAGUGUGUCUUGAUCUUUAAUUUCCAUAGGUUGUUUUUAAGAAAUUGAUGAAUGAACCUACAUGUUUUGAAGAUCUAAAAGAGUUAGAUCUAGAUCUUUAUAAAGGUUUAAAUACACUUGAUGAAUAUGACUAAAAUAAUAUUGAAGAUGUUUUUUCUCUAAAUUUUACUAUCAAUGAAGUUGCCUGGGAUAAUAUCAAUUUAGUUGAAUUGCUUGUAUUUUUUUUUAAGAUUAAUUUAGCCAAAUGGUACUUAAAUAUUAGUAACAUAAUAAAAUAAACAUGAAUAUAUUAAAUUAUGCACCAACUACUAUUUGAAUGAGUCAAUCAAAAUUCCUUUUUAAUCUUUUUAAAAAGGUUUUUGGAAAGUUGUAGAAGGAAAUGGAAUUAAAUUAUUUUCGGGCUCUGAAUUAUAAUAAUUGAUAGUUGGAUAACAACAUUUUAAUCUUUAAGAAUUAGAGGACUCUACAGAAUAUGAUGGGUUUGAAAAAAAUUCUUAAUAUAUUAGGUAAAAAUUGAAAAAUAGUUUUUUAGAUCCUUUUGGGAUUUUCUACGUUCAUUAAAUGAAGAUUUAUAAAAAAGAUUUUUGUUUUUUUGCACUGGUUCUGAUAGAAUUCCUGUUGGUGGCUUGAAAUCUUUAAAAUUUUAAAUUUAAAAACAUGGAGAAAGUAUUACUUAUAUUUAUAAUCACAGAUUCUGAAUAAUUGCCAUCAGCUCAUACAUGCUUUAAUGUAUUUUUAUUACCUUAAUAUGAUUCAAUAGAGAAAAUGAUAAUUAAACUUUAAAUUGCUUUGUAAAAUUGUGUAGGAUUUGGUUUAAUAUGACUUUUGCCG